AUGGCCGCUGCUGCUGGCAGCCUGAUGCGCAGCUCAGCUCGCAUCGUGCUGUUCCAGCUCUUCCACAGCCUGGUGCAGCAGCUGCCGGCCGGGGGCGGCAGCGAGGGCGUGCCCUCCCCGCUGUCAGUGCUGCCGCUGAUGGCCUCUCAGAUUGCGCAGCUGGCGGCGGGCGGCGUGGUGGUGGGCCUGGCAGCCGGCAUGCUGACGCGCCGCCUGCUCAGGGCGCUGCGCUGGCACGGCGCCUCAGCAUGCCAGGAGGUGGCAGCCAUUCAGGCGAUGGGCUUCCUGGUUUUCUACAUAGCCAAUGCCCCGCUGCAAGUGUCGGGCGUCAUUGCCGUGGUGGUGUUCGGGCUGUAUGGCAACUCCACCUCGCACUUUGAGCUGGCGUCCUCGCGCCACAUGCGGGAGUCAGCUGCGGUGCAAAACACGGUCAGCUUUGCCUUGAACGGUGUGGUGUUCUUCUUUGCGGGUGCCUCGGCAUGCAACUUCAUGAUCAGGGCUGUUGAGAGCCUCAGCGACUACUGGCACUCUUUUGCACUCUUCCCGCCCGUCUACCUGGCCAUGUUCCUCAUCCGGGGAAUCUCCAUCCUCCUGUUCAACCCCCUGUUCCACUUGCUGGGCUCCCAGGCGCUGCCCCUGCGGGCGGUGCUGUUUGCCACCUGGGGCGGGCUCAGGGGCGCCAUCUCUCUCAUCAUGGCCCAAGUCAUCGCCACGGAUGAGACUGUCGCAGGGCACAGCCAGCUGGUGUCGGCACAGAUGGGACUGUGGACCAGCCUGUUCGUGCUCAGCACGCUGCUCAUCAAUGCGCCCACUGUGUCACCUGUCAAGCUGAGCAUCCGCGAGAAGGCCAAGCGCGCGCUGCUGCGCUACACAGCAGCCGCCAUCCAGGCAAGCCACCUUCUGGACUUGAAGAAUGAUGAAGAUGAGAUGCUCCGAGGCGUGGACUGGGGCGCCGUGGCCCGCUACGUCGACCUGUCGGAAGAGCUGCAGCAGUUCAGCCGCGCCGGCGGCGGCGCUGCUGGCGAGGUGGCUGGCGCAGGGGCGGCGCCGCGGGAGCGGCAGCUCCAGCGGGAGCCUCCCAGCCCCGGCCCAGAUGCUUGGCACCCGCAGCACCAGGUGCCGCAGCAUCGGCGGGAAGGGGUGGCUGAAGGGGAGGCGGCGGCCGCCCUGGAGCAGCAGGAGGAGCUCUUCGAUUCGGCAGGCUGGGCUGCGCCCUCCAGCUUCUCUGGCAGCGCGCGGAGCCGGCGCGAGGCGGCGCUGGCUGGGCUUGGCAAGCUGUCCAACCGGUCGCCUCUGAGCAGCAGCCGGCGCCUGCUGGGAGCCAGCCUGGCCAACUUCAGCCACAAGUGGGAGCCCCGCUCCGGGCCCCCGCUGGGCCCAUGCGCGCCUUACUCAGAUGGCAUCAUCGGCGGUACCACAGACCUGGAGAUGCCGCUGCUGCCUGCCAGCCCCAGCCGCAGGCUCAGCGCGGCGGUUGCAGCAGGAGAGGCAGGUGGUGUGAGCGCCGCGGGUGGCACAGGCCGUCGAGCGGGCCGCAUGCACCGCUCGCUGUCAGCUGCCAGCGGCUCCAGUGCCCGCAGCGGGGCGAGCUGCAGCGACUUGGGUCUGUCCCCCACUGGUGCCAGCGCCGGCACGGCAGCCACUGGCGAAAGGCUGGGGGUGAGCCGGAGCAGCAGCGUGGACAGGCUUACAAAAUAUGGCAGCUCCGAGUUCUCAGAUGAAUCACCCUUCUUCCCCGCUGCUGGCGCCGCUGCUGCCGGCAAGGAGUCUCCCCGCCUGGCCAGCGCCAAGUCAGCGCCCCAGAUGCACACCAUUGUGGAAGUCGCCAGCUCAGAGGAGGAGGGAGGCUUCUCCUCUGAAGAGGACUGGGCUGCUGCUGCUGCUGCUGCCGAGCUGGGCUCCCGGCAGCCGCUGUUGGUGCAGCCAGAGGACAGCAGCCGAGCCCUGCACGAACAGCAGGCAGCGCAGAGCCCCCAGUCCUUUGCUCCACUGGAUUUCGAGGUACUGCCCAGCUUCCCCUCGGAUGCCGCCUUCAGCAUGCCCGACUCUGGCGCAGCCACGCCCACGCCAAAUGGCAGCUUCAACCGGCAGGCGGUGCAGCACGUGAGCGAGCUGAUGAGCGGCGACGAGGAACCCAGCCUGCAGGACGGCGCCGGCAGCUGCUCCGCAGCCAGCCAAGCUGCCUCGCCCCGUGCCACAGUGGCAGCCCACGGCUCACAGCCGACGGCGGCCAUGGGAGCGCCUUCCGCCUCCAGCCAGCUGCUGCCUUCUGCCGGAUCUGGCACACAGUCCCGCGUGUUGACUGGCAGAGGGCCCUCUUCUCUGCUGCGUCCCUCCCUCAGCGACACGGCCAGGGGAGGCAGCGGCCUGGGCGGCCGCCGCGGCUUUGGUGGCCUGCUGCAGGCUCGCCCCAGCGACGGCCUGGCAGCGGUGCUCCAGCCUCCCUCACCUGGCAGGAUUUCCCCGCUCACAAGCAGCGCCGCCACCUCCCCAGAACCCUCGGAACAGGCGCAGCUGCUGCAGCCGAGGCAGGGACAAGGAGAGAGCCGGGAAGCUGAGGAGGCACUGCCGCCGGAGCAGCCGCCCCUGCCGCUGCUGGAUGCUGCCCCGCCGGAUGCUGAGGCUGGCCAGCCUGGCGCCAGCGGCGAGACCGCAGAUGAUGCAGAUGCAGCAGAGGAGGAGAUAGAUACUGGGCUGGAGCUGGAAGGAGCGCUACCUCCACCCGGUGGCCUGCCCGGCUUCCCGCUGCGCUUGCCGACGCGCGCCAUGACCAUUGCUGGCAUCGAGCUGGGCAGGAGCUUCUCUCUGGCGGUGCCAGCAGCGCCCCACCCACACCACGUGGCCUCGGCUGCCGAGCUGCCGCCCCCCGCGGGUGCCGGCGUGGCAGUCGCAGCCAGCUUUGCAGGGACUCCAGGCGUCAAGCCGUGGCAGGCAGGCGCCUUGCUGCUGCGUCGCAGCAUGAGCACGCCCCUGACCGGCAUCGCCGAGCAGCUGGAGCAGCAGCAGAAGCUGCCGCCAGGCCUGGAUGCAGCGUCGGCUGCAGGAGAGUCUGCGGCGGGGGGCGGAGAGCCAGGCGCGCCCAGCAGCCAGGGUGGCAGCGGCCAGUGGUCUCAUCCUGAGGUGCUGGCGGAGGCACGCAUGCGCCUGGUGGCAGGCCUCAAGCGCUACUUCCACGCCAAGCGAGGCGAGGGCCUGCUGUCGGCCCAGGGCCUGAGGAUCCUGGACUAUGCCUGCGACAGGGCCAUCGAUCAGGCGCAGGCGCCCCUGGGCAUCUGGUCGGUGGCGGAAGGGGAGGCGGUGGGCAAGUACUUAGUCCGGGCGCUGGCCUGGCUGUUCUUCCGGGCCAAGCGCCUCACCGGCCGCCUGCCCCGCUGGCUGCGCUUCCUGCUCAUGCCGCCGCUGCGCUGGUUCUCAGGGCUGAUCGGCUGCGUGCUGUCUGUGACGAUGCUGGUGGCGUGCGAGGCACAGUGGCUGCGAGAGUCGGAGAAGGCGGGGGAGCUGCAGGCGGAGAUCGCGGAGGAGAGCGCUCGAGUCUGCAAGUUCAUAAUCGACCGGGAGAUCGAGGCGCCGGAGCGCUUCCAGGCCAUCCAGAGCUACAGGGCUGCCAUGGCCAUCCUGCGGCAGCAGUCUGCCUUUGUUGACGAGCUCUACGCCUCCGGGAUCGUGAAUGACUCUGAGCGCCAGGAGCCGGUGCAGCGGCGCGGGCGCCAGCUGGAGAUCCAGGGCCCGGUGUGGCGAGCCCCGUCGGUGCGAGAGGUGCUGCGCGGCCUGCCCUUCCUGCACCACGUGCCCGACCCCAUGUUUGACUGGCUGCUGGAGCGGGGCCAGCUGCUGGAGUACACCCGCGGCGAAGUCAUCCGCUCCCCCGCCCCGCACCUAGGCGCCGCCAUGGACUCGGGCCUGUACAUCGUGGUGUAUGGCCUGGUGCGCAGCAGCUUCACAGACCACCGCGGCGCCUGCCACGAGUACUUCCUUGGCAGCGGCGGCGUGCUGGGCCUGCUGGGCGCGCUGACGGGGCAGGCGAUGCGCGGCUCUGGGCCCGCGGUGGCCGAGGCCAAUGCUCUGCACAAGGGGCCCGGCGUCAUCAAGCGCAUCCGCCAGCGCGGAGCGGCAGGCGACCACGACUUUGCUCAGCUGGAGCUGGAUCUGUUCAGGGUGGCUGGCCUGUACAUUGUGGAGCGGCUGAAGGGCGAGGUGGUGGCCGCAGUUGCAGCCAGGUUCCAGCGCCAGGCGAUCGACCGCGCCCGGCGGCGGGCCAUCCACAAGGCCGCGGCAGCAGCUGCUGCGGCCAGCAACGGCGUGACCGCAGAGCGCGAGCGGGAAGUGCCGCAGCAGGAGGCCGGCGGCGCGGCAGGGGAGGCGCCGGCAGCAGGAGCCGAGGGGGCGCGGCAGGGGAGCCUGCGCCAGCGUGUGCAUUGGGACUCCUCUCUUGGAGAGGAGCAGCAGGCCUCUCCAGUGCAGCCCAGGGGCGGCGCUGCCGCUGCCGCAGCCGCAGCUGGCCCCCGGCCCUUUGUGCCGCUGUCAGACGCAGAGGUGCUGGCUGGAGUGGACCGCCGCAGGCUGUGGCACAACGCCCAGGCCUUUGCCCGAGGCAUCCUUGCUGACAUCAGGCACCACCUGCGGGAUGCAGAGCUGCUUCGCCUGGGCCCCAAGCAGGCGUGGCGCCAGCGCAGCCACAUGCUGCUGGUGCAUGGCAGCCUGCACAGCGGCGGGGUGGCUGCCGAGCAGCAGGCAGGCGUGCUGGCGCCUGCGGUGCUGCCCUGGCUGGCGGCCCACCUGCAGUGCGACGCCGGCGCGCUGCCUGGCAGCCCGCGCGCGGCGGCGCCUGCCCAGCGGCUGGUAGCAGGUCCCGACGGUGCGCUGCUGCUGGCGUGCCCAGAGGAGCGCGGCACCCCGCUCACGCCCAGCAGCAGCGCUGGCAGCACCCCGGAUUUCGGCAGCCCCUUUGCUGGCGCUGCAGGGUGGCCCGGCAGCCAGCAGCCGCAGCAGCAGGAGGGGGUGGAGCUGCAGGCCGGCAGCACCGAGCAGGGAGGCGACCAGCGGCUGCAGCAGGAGCAGCAGGAGCACUUGGAACCAGCGGGCAGGCCGCUGCGCCGAGUGAAGAGCCGCAGGCAAGUGGCAGCCAGCGACAGCUGCCGCUGA